AUGUGUCAUCAAAAGGAUAACUUUGAAAACCUUAAUCGAUCAAAUGCGGAGUUGAAACUGGCUAAUAACAAUUGCACUGUCGUUAAAGGAAUUGGAAGCGUUCAGACCACGUUUGAACAAAAAGAAAAUAAACACGUGAGAUUAGAAAAUGUGUUAUAUGUCCCGGACUUGAGAAAUAAUUUGUUAUCAGUAUUUAAAGCCACUGAUAAUGGAUAUACAGUGAUUUUUACACGAAAGAGUGCAUUGCUAACUAAAGAAGGCAAGAUUGAAUUGAAAGCACAUCGUCGAGGUGAUUUAUAUUAUAUCAAUCAAAAAGUGAAUUCUGCGACAUGUAAACAACGAUUUUGGGCUGAGGCUGUUUGCAAUGCCAAUUACACAAAAACAGAUGUCCAACAAGCGCACUAG